AUGCGGAAGCCCAACCCGCUGCAGGACGCGAACUUCUGCUCGCGCCUGUUCUUCUGGUGGCUAAAUCCCUUGUUCAAAAUUGGUCACAAACGAAGAUUAGAAGAAGAUGACAUGUACGCCGUGCUUCCAGAAGAUCACUCCCAGCACCUUGGAGAGGAACUACAAGUGGUUUUACUGUACUUUGUUUCUCAUCACAGGUACUGGGAUCAAGAAGUUUUGAGAGCUGAGAAAGAUGCACGGGAGCCUUCUUUAACAAAAGGAAUCAUAAAGUGUCACUGGAAAUCCUAUUUAGUUUUGGGAAUUUUUAUACUUCUUGAGGAAGGCACUAGAGUAGUUCAGCCCUUAUUUUUGGGAAAAAUGAUUAAUUAUGUUGAAAACUCCAAUCGCACGGAUAUUGCCGCUUUGCGCGAAGCCUAUGGCUAUGCUGCAGGGCUGAGCACCAGCGUGCUCGUGUGGGCUGUUCUGCACCACUUGUACUUCUAUCACAUUCAGCGUGUGGGGAUGAGGCUGAGAGUAGCUGUGUGCCAUAUGAUCUACUGCAAGGCAUUAGGAACCCCAACCCUACAAGGUCUUUCCUUUACUGUCAGACCUGGAGAACUGUUAGCUGUGAUUGGACCUGUGGGAGCAGGAAAGGAUUUGCAACUUCUGAAGGAUGGAGAUCUAACUGUGAUAGGAGACCGGGGAACCCCUCUGAGUGAAGGACAGAAAGCCUGCGUCAACCUCGCCAGAGCCGUGUAUCAGGAUGCAGACAUCUACCUCCUGGACGAUCCGCUCAGCGCAGUGGACACAGGUGUCAGCAGGCACUUGUUCGAACAGUGUAUUCAUCAGGCCUUGAAGGAGAAGAUAACAAUCUUAGUGACUCAUCAGUGGCAGUUCCUGAAAGAUGCAAGUCAGAUUCUGAUACUGAAAAAUGGAAAAAUUAUCCAAAAGGGGACUUUGGUUGAAUUUCCAAAAUUUGGAGUAGAUUUUGAAGAUAUUCUUUUAAAGAAGAAGAAUGAGGAGGGUGAACCUUCUCCAGGUCCAGGAGCUCCUAGUCUGAACUCUGAGUCUUCAGUUCAGUUUCAACAGUCUCCCAGACCCUCCUUGAAAGAUGCAGCUCCUGAGGACCAAGAUGCUGAGAAUAUACAGGUUACAUUACCGCUGGAGGGCCGUUUGGUGGGAAAAGUUGGUUUUAAGACCUACAUGAAUUACUUCACAGCUGGUGCUCAUUGGUUUAUCAUCAUUUUCCUUAUUCUAGUAAAUGUCACAGAUCAGGUCGCCUAUGUCCUGCAGGAUUGGUGGCUUGCAGACUGGGCAAAUGGACAGAGUAGCCUAUAUGCCAUAACAUAUGGAAAAGGAAAAGUAAUUGUGCUGCUUGAUCCUGUCUGGUACCUUACAGUUUAUUCAGUUCUAACUGCAGGUACUGUCCUUCUCAGCAUCACAAGAUCUCUGUUGAUAUUCUACGUUCUUGUUAAUUCUUCACAAAUUUUUCACAACAAAAUGCUGGAGUCCAUUUUGAGAGUUCCAGUAUUGUUCUUUGAUAGAAAUCCAGUAGGAAGAAUUUUAAAUCGUUUCUCCAAAGACAUUGGACAUUUGGAUGACUUGCUGCCCCUGACAUUUCUUGAUUUCAUCCAUGUAAUGUAG